AUGCGCCCUGUGCGGUCCAGCUGCCCCAACAACACAGCUGCCCCAGCACCACCACAACAGCGGUCCCAACAACUACAGCGGUCCCAACCACCACAACAGCGGUCCCAACAACCACCACAACAACAGCGGUCCCACAACCACGCAACCACCAACACGCUGCCCCAACCACCACACAGCGGUCCCACCACCACCACAACAGCUGCCCCAACCACCACAACAGCGGUCCCAACCACCACCACAACAGCGGUCCCAACCACCACCACAACAGCGGUCCCAACCACCACCACAACAGCUGCCCCAACAACUACAGCUGCCCCAACCACCACCACAACAGCUGCCCCAACCACCACCACAACAGCUGCCCCAACCACCACAACAGCGGUCCCAACCACCACCACAACAGCGCUCCCAACCACCACCACAACAGCUGCUCCUCCCAAUACAACUACAACCACCACUGCUCCCCAAGCCACUACAUCAAAUUAUGAAGUCUCAACAUCUUUGAAUAAUGAACCCUUUUUACCCGAUUAUGAAGACCCUACCAGUGAAAAAUAUAAAACUCUGAAAUCCAAAGUAGAAAACAAGUGUAAAACCAAACUCGACGAAAGCUUUGGAGUUCCAGGUUCUGUAUGCAGUGUAAACAGAUUUAGAUCCUCCGCACAACGGAUAGAAAACAAUGGCACUAUAGUAGAUAUGACAAUUAAAUUUCCAGCUUCAGUGCCAGAGGCCGAUCUUCCAGCAACUGACAAUCUUGUAGAUUCUCUCCAGAAGGGGAAUGACACUUUUGGGAAUGUUGUUGUGACCUCUUUUACACCUGCGCAAACUACAACAACCACAACAACAACUUCCCCAACAACCACAACAACAACUGCCCCAACAACCACAACAACAACUGCCCCAACAACCACAACAACAACUGCCCCAACAACCACAACAACAACUGCCCCAACAACCACAACAACAACUGCCCCAACAACCACAACAACAACUGCUGCAACAACCACAACAUCAAAUUAUGAAGUCACAGCAACUUUGAAGUUUGAACCCUUUUUACCCGAUUAUGAAGACCCUACCAGUGAAAAAUAUAAAACUCUGAAAUCCCAAGUAGAAAAGAAUUGUAAAGCCAAACUCGACGAAAGCUAUCAAGUUCCAGGUUCUGUAUGCAGUGUAAACAGAUUUAGAUCCUCCGCACAACAGAUCAGAGUCAAUGCCACUGAAGUCGAUAUGACAAUUAAAUUUCCAUCUUCAGUGCCAGUGGCUGAUCUUCCAACACCUAACAAUCUUGCAGAUUCUCUCCAGAAGGGGAAUAGCACUUUUGGGAAUGUUGUUGUGACCUCUUUUACACCUGCGCAAACUACAACAACCACAACAACAUCAACCACAGCAUCAAGUGGAGCAACCCUCAAGAUCAGCUUUGGCAAUACAUUUUUCUUCAUGUUUCUGUCUUAUCUACUGGCACAUCUACUGUAGAAUACAGCAUGAUCUGCACAUUUAUCAUCACACAUUCUGUUUCCAGGUGUGUAUAAAAACCUGCAAUUUGUUUCAUUUUCACAUUAUGUAUGUCUUUUAGCAGAAAAAUAAUAUAUAAUAAUAAUAAUAAUUCUGCAUUAGCCUUGUUUACCAGACCCUUGUUAGUGAAAUGCUGCUUCUAUAUCCAUAGCUGCCCUAAGGUAGACAUAGGGGAGCAAGCCUGCCUAACUUCACCAGCUCUUGAAGUUUUG